AAUCGCUUCGAGCAACUACAGGUCCAAAUUGCGAGAGGCAGUACAGAAAUCCGUGAAUGUUUCAACGUGUACAGUCAAGAUGGAAUCGUUCACUCAGCACCUCAGCUAAGAUGCAUUUUGCGUAGUCUUGGCUAUUCACCAACCGCUGCUAAGACUGUGGAAUACUUCAGAAAGAAUAAGCAACCAAUGAACUUCGCAGCAUUCCUGGAAAUCGCUAAAGAGGAACAUAACAGCGGCGAUGAACUAACAGAGAUCAUUAAGGCGUUGAAGGGAUUGGACAGGUCUGGUACUCGAUCAAUUCCUGCCCAGGAGCUCCGUUCCAUUCUCGCCUCAAUUGGGGAGCGCAUGAGCCUUCAGGAAAUCGAUUUAGUGCUGAAGCAGGUCGCUGUCGGUGGCAUUGUACCGCAUCAGAAGCUCAUCGAAUACAUCUCCAAAUAA